AUGAACAGGAGGAAAAGGAUAGUUAGAUGGUCAUAUGAACCCCUCGCGUAUCCAAUGGCGUGCUACUACAUCGUGAUCAGUUCCACCCACUUGCGUGACGGACAGCUGAGGAGCAUCAAGGGGGUGUUCAGAGGACCAAUCGGAGCCAACAGCCCCAGGAACACGGAACACAGCAAGACUUUAUUUUUUUCAACUGAAGAUAUUCUUAAUGAUCUGUACUGUGAGUUGUGUGAUAAGCAGUAUGUGAGACACCAACAAUAUGACAACCACAUCAACUCCUACGACCACCACCACAAACAGCGCCUGAAGGAGCUGAAACAGAGGGAGUUUUACAGAGCCUUGGCCUGCAGGAGGCAGAGGAGACGCAGGGAGGAGCAGAGAGAGGAGAGAGCGCUGAGGAGGCUCCACCAGCAUGUGGAGCGGAGGGGAGGAGAGUGUGCUCCUGGUUGUGGUCCUAUGUUUCGGUCCACCACUGUAGCUGUUGAGCCUGUGAACCAGACCGGGCCACAUCUCAUGCAGAACUGGGCUGACAUGCACACCAGAGGCACCACACUCGAAACAAAUGCUCAAAGCCAGGUGAUCCAGCCAUUCCUGCCGCUGGAUCCUGCGCUGGAAACCAGAUUCCUAUACAACCACCUCAGUGCCAACACUACUAGCACCACCACUACUACUGCUACUACUGGUACCGCCAUCAAGAGUGCUACCAUCACUACCCAAAGCAACCAUCUCAGCAAAACCCAAUGGGACUACACGGACCUAACCACCACAACAAUUAUGGCAAAUUCCACCAAAAAUAACACUUUCAUCAUGAAUGCCAGCAAUGGUAACUCCAGUAUCAAAGACAACCACCUCAAGACCCCCAGGGCCCGCAAUUACUUAACUAACACCAACAUAGGUGCCAAUAACAUUCCCACAACUACCGCUAAUACCACUGCUAGUGGUGACAUUUUCAACAAACCCACCAACAGCAACAAGAACAACAACACUGAGAACCAACCCAGCAGUAGCAGUGGUGCGGUGUGUAGGUCAGCUGGAGCCCCAGAGUCUCGAUCCGUCCCCAGCAGAGUCCGUCCUGUGUCCUUCUCGCUCCCCAAGAGGAGCUGCCUCCUUCUCCACCAAUCGGCUGCUGUCUUCAUCCAGGCGGGACACGGCUCUUCUUCAGGGAAACGGGGAGAUGUGGCGGCGACGGCCUCAGAGAGAGCCAAAGACCUGGGACUCAAGCUCACGGCACAGCAGCUCAAACCACCAGUAUCAGCAGACGUGCAUAUUGUGGGCGUGGAUCAGUGGGACUCUGAGGUUGGAAGCCAGGGCAGUGUGGACAGUGGAACCACAAUCCAGCACUCUGCUCACAGUGGCAGCCGGACUGGAGCCAAUAUGUCUACAGACAGUGGAGCGGGAAUACUCUCGGUAGCCAGUAAUGCUGGGACAGCAGCCCAGGUUCCUUUAUGUAAUCGCAAUGUGAUCGAGGUUGAGGACUCUGUUAGCAGUGACAAUGGGAAUGGAGCCCAGCUCUCCUUAUAUAAUGACAACAGGACUGGAGCCCAAGGAGGCAGUGAAGGAGGGACUCAUCUUUAUUUAAACAGUGUGAUUAGAGAACAGAUCUCUGAUAGUUGCACUGGGACUGUGGCCCAAGAGUCCGUAUGCAGUGAUGGUGGGACUGGAACCCACAACAGUAUGGAAAGUAGGACAGAAUUAACUCCUGAUCUCAGCCCAAACAUAGGGAUAAGCUGCCAGCUGACCACACCCAAAGAAUUGCUCUCCCUAGCUCCAAAUCAGACGCAAAAAUCAAUUACUGAUAUUCCAAAUGAACCCAAAGAAUCUCCUAUCCAAACUCAGCCCAAGUACUUGAACUCUUCUCUGACAAAUUGGGCCAAAGAACCGACCUCUUUGUUUCCCAGGCGGCCCAAGGAGCCGUUCUGUCGGGUUGUGAGCCGAGACGGCAGCAGGGUCCUGCUGUGGCCAACAGAGAUGGUCAGCUAUACAAAGACCGCACCCUCUAUCUCCUACAGUGUCAACCCGCUACUUUAUGACUUCAGAGCACAUAACAGGGGCAGGGAGAGAGAGGAGAACACAAAAGAGAGAGGGGUGGAUGAAGUAAAGAAUGGAAAGCUGGAGGAAAUGAGGGGAAAGGACAAAGAAGUAAAAAAUCCAUCCGCCACUGAACAACACAAAAGCCGGCAGACGCAGGAAACGAUGGAGAGAGGGAGUGAAGAGAAGACAAAGGAAAAGAAGGGAGAGGAUGACAGAGAUGAAGGAGGACAGGCAGGAAAGCCCAUGCAACUUGGACCUGAUGGCAGCUGCGGCGGUGCGGUUCCGGAACACUCCCGUUGCCGUGCCGAAAGAGUUCUAAAUUUCUCUCCCGCGUCCACAGAAUUCCAUCUUGCACAGACAUUAGGCGGCGGCCUUCAGAAAAUCGUAAGGAGGAGGAGGAGGAAGAGAAGGGGAGGAGUGAAAAGAGGGAUGAGGAAGAGGGGGCGCAGGAAGAGAGGAGAGGAGACAGAAAGAAAGGAGCAGGAUGGGGGAAGAAGACUGACAAGCAGCCUUCCCGUGAAUGAGAUAUGCGAAGAGAAACAGCAUUUGAGCCAGAAAUUUGUCUUGCUCCUACACCUGACAGAGAAACAGCAUGCGAUCCAGAGAUAA